CCCGUUUCAUCGCAGAACACGCACUUCUCUGCUAAUAAGCCAGCAGCAAUAACAGCAACUCCCUUCAGGCCACUUCACUUGCCAAGCAUCAUGAAAACUUUCACGCUGAUCGUCGCCUGCCUCUUGGUGGCCGGAGCCCACUGCGGCGCCAUCUACAGCUACGGCGUUCCAGCCACCUAUCCAGUUGUCCACCAGCCCUUGGUCCAGCCCGUGGUGUACCAGGCCGCGGUCAGGGCCCCCGUGGUGGCGCACCACAAGGAGUUGGUGCAUGUGCCCCACCAUGAGUACGGCUACGCGAUCGAGCAGAGCAAGGUGGUCCAACCAAAGUCCACCGUCCUCCACCACGACCCCCUCACCGGCCUGCCCUACCAGCAGACCGACUACCACCACGCCCCAGUGCUGACCGGAUCCCGCACCUACGUGCAUCACAGCCGCCCGGGUUACGUCGCCGAGCGCACCAAGACCUACGUCCUCUGAGCAUGCCACACCGCGGGAUCCACCACAUGAAUUACAUACGGCCAAUUGAUUGAUCAACCAUCCUGGAUCCAUAUAUUGUUAUCCACAUAUAUAUGUUUUGAUAUAUUGUAUUGGUCCAUAUAUUGUUACUGCUGUUAAUAAACAUAAGUGUUUCUGUUUC